AAAGCUGUUCAAACUCCACCACAUUUUGUUUCCAAUCAGUAUAUUUUUAUUCAACAUCAUGUUUUACGAAAAAGUCAACACUAGUGACCCAGAUCAAAUUGAACUCAAAGGUGUCAACGGCCAAAAUUCAGAAAAAGAGAAAUCGCAAAACGGCGAGGCUAAUGGUCUUAGUCAUGACGAAAAACCAAAAAAUGGUGAAAUUGAGACGAAUGAGGCGCAGGAGGAGAAAAUCCGCUAUCCAAAAUCUGUAUUCUUCAUCAUCAGUAACGAAUUUUGCGAAAGAUUCAGUUUCUAUGGAAUGCGAACCAUCCUGAGUCUCUACCUAAAAGACAUACUGCUGUACUCAGAAAGUGAUUCAACUAUCAUUUACCACGUGUUCACUACGAUGGCUUAUUUUUUUCCUUUACUUGGAGCUAUUGUCUCUGACAGCUGGUUAGGAAAAUUUCGAACUAUUCUAUACGUAUCAAUGAUCUACGCUUGCGGAAAUAUACUACUGGCUCUAUCUUCUGCUAAACCCAUAGGAAUACCACAAGCCCCAUUUUCUUUGGUGGCUUUAUUAUUAAUAGCCAUAGGAACUGGAGGAAUAAAACCUUGCGUCUCCUCGUUUGGAGGUGACCAGUUUGUCAUACCACAACAAGAACAACAACUGGUAGCUUUCUUCUCUGUAUUUUAUUUUGCGAUAAAUGCGGGAAGUUUAAUAUCAACAUUUUUAACUCCUGUACUACGCGAAGAUGUUCAUUGUUUCGGAGACGAAAACUGUUAUCCUCUCGCCUUUGCCAUCCCUGGAAUACUCAUGAUUGUUUCAAUAGUAAUCUUCUUCCUUGGAAUGCCUUUAUACAAAAUCAGAAAGCCGGAAGGAAAUGUCGUCGUUCAAGUAGUCAAGUGCAUCUGGUACGCAGCUAGGAAAAACCGUAAAUCAAAAGAGAAACGUGAUCAUUGGAUGGAUCACGCUGAAGAAAAAUACGGUAGGACCUUAGUCGAAGACAUAAAAAUCACGUUAAAGGUUUUGGUGGUAUUCAUUCCUCUGCCCAUUUUUUGGUCACUUUAUGACCAACAAGGCAGCAGGUGGACGUUCCAGGCUACUAGAAUGGACGGACGGUUGGGUGCUACCACAAUUCUACCCGAUCAAAUGCAAGUUAUAAACCCAAUUUUGAUCCUGCUCUUCAUUCCUCUUUUUACCUACGGCGUUUAUCCCUUCCUUGCUAAAUUCAACUUCCUUACGACGCCACUAAGGAGGAUGGUCUGGGGAGGAUUUUUCGCUGCGGCAGCAUAUGCUGUGUCAGCUGGAGUUGCGGCUGUCUUAGAAGCGUCGGAUCCGGUACUGCCUUCUGAUGGUCUUUGCCAACUGAGAAUUUACAAUCCGUACAAUUGCAAUGGAACAUUUGCGAUAGAUAAUGUGCUUCCAGCGACAAAUAUUGGGAGUUUUGGAUAUGAUAAUCUGGAGGUGGAUUGUUAUGGCACCAAAAACUACACGUAUAGUUUCAACCAUUGUCUAUUGCCAAGUACUAAUGCUACGGGAACAGUUGAGCUGACAGAAGCUACAGGUUAUGUUUUCUACCCUUCUAUGGAUGGUCUUAUACAACUUGUAGAUGACAUAAACAAACCUGAGGAUGGAUUACCUAAAAUAAGAACUUUGGUAGGCAAUCCGUCCAAAAAUUAUACAAUAACAUUCUGGGAUGAGGACGAAGUAGGAUUACAAUUUACAUCCGGAAACAGUUCGCUUUUUUCAAUAGACCCUGGCACUUACGCAGUAGGAAAUUCUGAAUAUGAACUUAAUUUAGGGGGCGUUUACACAGCAGUGGCACAACUAACUGAUGACAGCAAGGCGAUAAAAGAAAUACACUUCUAUGAAAUCACUCAAUCAAACAAUGUUCACAUUCUGUGGCAAGUACCGCAGUACCUCAUUAUCACCGGAGCUGAAAUUCUUUUUUCCAUCACUGGGUUAGAAUUUUCUUAUUCUCAAGCCCCUCCUUCCAUGAAGUCUGUUUUAACAUCUGCCUUCCUUCUAACCAGUGCGGUUGGAAAUAUCAUCAUCAUUAUUAUUGAAUCAAUCAAAAUCUUUGACAGGAUGUCGUACGAUUUUCUACUUUACGUUGGACUGAUGGUUGCCGAUAUGAUUAUUUUCACUUUUAUAGCGUCUAGAUAUAAAUACCCAGAAAAGAAAGACACUAAUGAAAGUGUCGAUGGUGAUAAUGUUAAACCCGAAAAACGACUGAGUCAUCAGUCGGCCAAAGAAUAAACAUUAACUUUAAACACAAUCACUGGAUUCAACAAGACUCUGACUUUUAUAUUUCAGCAGUAAUUUUUUACUUUUUGUUAUACCAGUCAGUAUAUCAAGCCUUACGAAAAUUUAAUCCAUGUGAUCUACGAAAAUAGAAAGAUAGUUGAUAUCUUUUGAUCUUGGGUACAAAAAAAUAUAUAUAUUUUUGAUAUUGAGCGUAUAAAAGGAUUACUGUAAAUGACGUUUUCGAUUGCUUGAUGUAUCUCUUGUGUAAGUUUGGUAAACGGGUAUUUUUGUUAUACCUUUUUACUUUUUUACUAUACGUUAAAUUAUUUUAUUAAGAAUAUAUACGUAUAUGUGAUGAUCUAUUGUAGUUCUUCAAGAACACUAAGUCAGUUUAACUGUAAAAAGCAUUGUACAUAGAUAUAAAUAAAGUUAAGUUUGUAAUAUUUUCCGCAAAACUAAUGGACCCAUACAAACUGUAAAAAUUGCGGUCACAGUUUGUUAUAGGUAUAAUAUAUCAACGGACAUAAUAAUAUUUACUUACAAGGACUCUAUAAAUAUUUCAGAAAUGAUAACAAAACUUUAUCAGUGGAAUUGGACGUGUGGGGACAAGUAGAAAAAACAUAUUCCGACUAAUUUUAAGUUACAAUUUCUAGAUGGUGAUAUCGAUGCAAACUUUCCGAUAUAACUUACACUGAAAAUUCUAUACCUAACAAGGUGAUCACUAAUCACACAAAAUAAUUGUUGAAUAUAAUGAUAUUUGAAAUA